AGAACAAAGAAAUCAAAGCACGCUCUGCUUGACCAAGAUAACACCCUAGUAGUGCAUAAAAUUCUUGAACACCAGACGUCCAACACUUCCGUGCAGAGUGAUGGCUUUGCUCAAAAAGACACAUCCUUCCAUUACUCUCCCCAUAUUUCUUCUCCAUUUCUGCGCAAUUACAUUUGGUGCGACUGAUACUAUCUCCAGGACCCAACCUCUAUCAGGCGAUAUAACUAUUGUGUCCAAAGAAGGGAAUUUUGAGCUUGGAUUCUUCUCCCCAGGUUUCAGACCAGCUUCCGCAAGAAGUUGGCGUCUUGGAGCAUGGAGUCAAGGAUGUGUUAGGCAAACAGAUAUCCAAUGUGCUGAGUCAAAUAUAUCAAGUGGCAUAAAGGAGAGUGAUGCGUUUCUCAAGAUCACCAACAUCAAGUUUUCACAAAACCCAGUAAAACUGAAAGUCCAAAGCAUGGAGGGGUGCAGAUCUAUAUGCUUGAGUACUUGCUCUUGCACUGCAUAUGCACACAAGCAGGAUUGCAAUAUCUGGAAUAGUGAACUCUGGGAUCUUAAACAACUACCUAAUGGUAAUACUGAUGGUUCAGAUAUGUAUAUACGUCUUGCAGCAUCUGAUCAUGUAGUUCAAGAUAGCGAAAAAAAGGCACACCAUCUGAGGCUUAUUGUGCUAUUUGCAGUGCUGGGUAGUAUUUUUAUGGCACUAUGUGCUCUUAGCAUAACAGUUAAGAUGUUUCAAAGGACUUCAUCUAGAAAGGCUUUCUCAGAUAAUUACUCUCUCGUCGUCUAUGAUUACUCGUUUUUGCGGCACUGCACAAAGAACUUUUCAGAUAGAGUGGGGCAAGGUAGCUUUGGUUCAGUGUUCAAAGGAUUGCUCCCAGACUCCAAACCGAUAGCUGUCAAGAAGCUUCAAGGCAUGAAACAAGGAGAGAAGCAAUUUCACACCGAGGUGAGGGCUUUAGGGAAAAUUCACCAUAACAAUCUAGUCCACCUCAUUGGGUUCUGCUUGAGAGGGGCUGAAAGGAUGUUGGUGUAUGACUUUAUGGUGAAUGGAUCUUUAGAUGCUCAUCUCUUCAAGGAUGAAAAGAUAUUGGAUUGGAACACCAGAUUUUUAAUUAUUCUAGGUGUUGCAAAGGGAUUACAGUAUCUCCAUGAUGAAUGUCAGGAGUGCAUCAUACAUUGUGAUAUAAAGCCUGAAAACGUACUUCUUGAUGUAAACUUCAGUCCGAAACUGGCUGACUUUGGUCUGGCGAAGCUUAUGGAAAGACAUUUUAGCAGGGCCUUGACAACUAUGAGAGGAACAGCAGGGUAUCUUGCACCAGAGUGGAUUGGAGGUCUGCCCAUAACACCAAAAGCAGAUGUGUACAGCUAUGGAAUGAUGCUGUUUGAGAUCAUUUCGGGCAGAAGGAAUUCAGAAUUGAUGGAGAGCGGAGCCAUAAGGUACUUUCCAGUGCGGGCCGCAAUAAGGACAAGUGAAGGUGACAUUUCUGAAAUUUUGGAUCCCAGACUAAGUGCCGUGAAUUUUCAAGAGCUAGAGAGAGCAUGCAAGGUUGCAUGCUGGUGCAUUCAGGACAAUGAGGCUCACAGGCCAACCAUGCGACAGAUAGUUCAAAUCCUGCAGGACAUUCAAGAUGUCAGCGCGGCCCCAGUACCGGUAUUUUUAAAACAACUAGUGGAUGGAGAAUACAUUAGCUCAUAACCCUGCAAAUUAUAGCAAUAGCAUUCAUCCAGAACUACAUUGUGAUUUUUGAAAGCACAAGCUGGGUCGAUAUAGAGCAAUGCUCAGCAAUCAUUAUGCUCAUCUACCGCAGUGUAAUUCACUACAGUGUUGUAUCAUUUAAAUUUUACAAUUUUCUUUGAUAUAGAAAACAUAAAUUAAAAUUUGAGAACA